AUGCCCUCUAUGUGCUUCACUCCCCCAGCGAAACAGCUCUCCAGCACCGGUGGCCAUAUGAACCAAAUCCAUGGAAAUCGAGAUCGCCUCAUCGAGGAUAUCAGGGUCUGCGGCCAAUUUCUCAAUGGCCUCGAUGCACUUUCUGGAGAAAUGGCCAGUAACUCUACGUUAUUGAGCUUUGUCGAGGCUUGUGAGAGAGUCGUUGUUGCUUUGGGUAGGGAACAACGUAUACAAUCUCAAGAAGGGCGUGCCAUUCAGGGCUUAAUUAGAAAGGAUUGGCGAUUGUCCUCUGGCGAAAUACCAGGAACAACUCCGAGUGUGCCCCGCAAACAUGUUGCUGCCUCUCAUGCAACUAUCCUCGAACACACCUUGCUCGACUACGGUAAAGAUCAUUCAGAACUCAAGUACCGUCGGGAGGAAAUAUGUGAGGACAAAGUUUGCGCAGUCGAAAACCUCCACGAUAUUUGCAAGGUCCAAAAGAUUGAUCCGAACAUGGCUCAGACUUGCAAGAUGUGCUUCCCUGAGAAGAAUACUCAACUUAUCAACGCACAUUGCCAAGCGAAAUGGAAGCGCGAGCAAAAGGCAUUCUAUGUUGUUUCCUUCGUCCUUAUUGGAAUUACAUUGAUUAGCGGGCUUAUACUCUAUAUACGACGUCGUUAUCUUCGCGCGAAAAACCCUCACGCCGACGAGAACGCCACUAAUGAAACGGGGAUCAACCCACCAGGGGAACUCUAUUACUACGACGGACCGAGAUCAAUAUUGCCAACGGAACGACACAGCUCACUAGCGGUAAACUGUUCUCCAGAACCUCGUCAGAAUGAAGACUCAAAGAGAUAUCACAAUUCAUGGGAUGACAAUGAAGACGGUGUGAUAAGCACAUCUGCCGCUCACCGAAGACUCAAGCAACUUGGCAUUCUCUCAAGAACAGGGCGCAAGAAAAUUCACGAUUUGUUUGAUUUGGAAGCUCUGCAGUCCAGGCGUGGGACUAUAAAGGAUUCCCAGCGACGCUCUGAUGAAAAGGAUAGAGUGCCAGUGAUGCCCUGGGCCCCAAACGCAAGUGUCCGAUUAUCUAGCAGAUCCUCCCCGACUGUGCGACAGGCAACACGUUCAAAGACUCCGUCAGCAGUUGAAUUGCAAGAGAUGGCAUGAAUCCUGACACUGGCCUCUUGAUUAAUAUUUAUUCUUGAUGCGACUAUGGUUAAACCAGUUCAUGAAGCGGUCAAUGUAUGUUAGUAACAUGAUGAGCGGUAAUAUGUUUUUAGGAAGGUAUAGAUCACUUAUUGGAAUUGGGAAUACCCUAAUAGGAGAUACCUAGGUAUACUGAAUGCAGCCGAAUAGCAUCUUGCGUCCUAUAC